CAAAAUCUCUUUACCGUCGCGGCGAUGGUUUGUCUUGCCUAUCAUGCCCCUAUCCUUCCCUUUUCAAUAGCAACCGCACAUUCCCUCACGACCACAGUUCGUAAGACCCUCAGAUUCCUCCGCAUACGGCCGACUUCUGCACAUCACCAACGCUGCAAUCAUCAACCUGUCCACUUCUUCGAAUUCCCGCAGGUAAUUUUCCCUUGCUCGAAUUUCUUCAGCCGCCGUUUGGUUCCCUGCUCCGCAUCUGUCCCUUUACAAACCCUAUUGUACGUGUUCCCAUCCCUGCAACUACACUUUCCUUCGGUAUUCCCGACGCAAUUGUUCAUUCUCGGCCAAUUUUUGCACACCUUCGAUUUUGGUCUGAAGUUUGUGUUGCUUCCUCAUAGAUAAUGGCCGCACGAGCACUAAAAGGGUGGGAAAACUUAUGACAAGUUGACAACGAAGAAGUACGG